AUGGAAGACGAGUGGGAUCAGUUGUUCCACAACCACGGUGUUGCUCAGCAGCCACCUGACAAGUCCGAUGCUGCUCAAUCAAUCCCGCCAGACACAAGUUCAGAAAAAUCAUUCACAGAGGCUUUAGAACACACACUUUCUGAAGAUGAUGAUUGGGACGAGGCUUUUCAGAAAGAGAUUCAGGUGUCACAAGAAGAAGAGAACGAAGUGGAGGAAACAUGUGGGUUGAGAGCAGAAAGCGAGUCAGAGUCUGAGGCGAGUAGUAGCAGCACUAGUGGGUCUUCGUUGCGUUUUUUGACAACCUGGUGGGCUCAAACCUUAUUCAAGGCCGUGACAGGUCUGCAGCUUUCGUGGCCACGAAAGCGCAGCAGCCCGCUUAGGGUGAUCAGCGGAUGCACGGGCUGCUCUGCGGAAGCAGCUGUUCUGAAGGCGUUGGGCGUGGACUUUACCAUACUCUCUGCCUCUGAAAUUAGCAAGAGCUACAGGGAUUUUUGUGAAGCGAACUACCCUGGACGCAUUGACCACUUUUUUGAAUCCAUCGAAGACCAGAUCCGUACUGGCAAACCCUGUGCUACCUGCGCUGCUUCUUUGAUGGGUGAUGUUUUGGCAUGUGAUCCAGAUGAGGUCUUGCGACAACGGGGUCUAGAGGUUGACAUCCUCAUGACUGGGAGUGCCGAGAGUGACUUGGGCGACGGUGGUAGCAGCUUUGGAAGCAAUGGGCCACCGCCAGAGUGGGAUGGCGAAUCCUUGGCCUUUCAGGACUAUGCCAUCAAGGCCGCGGAGGUGCUGAGCACCAUCUUGCAGCAGAAGAAGAAGACCUACAUGCAGACCCUCAAGGCCAAGAAGGCGAAGGAGCUGUCGAGAGGGUAUUCCAACACCUUCAAGGGCAAGACCAAGAGCUUCACGAUGGUGGGGCACAAUGCUCCCUUCAAGGAAGGGAACUACCGCAUGACCGUGGAGGAGUUGAAGAAGGUCACCAAGUGCGCCAUCUGUCGGAAACCCGGUCACUGGCACAAGGAAUGCCCUGACAAGGACCGAGAUCGUGGAGCCCCGAAGGAGGCCCAUGUGUUGGAAGAGGCCAUCUUCUGCAGCCACCUUGAGGAGCACCCGGGUGAGGGUGCUUUUCUCCCUGGAGGUGAACGCCUGAGCGAUGAAAUCUCCGCAGAUGUCCCGGGUCAUGGCGGCCCGGGAUCUAGUGAUCGACGCCUGAUGGCACCUCACGUCGAGAGUGCAUAUAUGGCCGAACUCCAGGGUGACCCUUGGGAAGGACCACGAGAGGAGGCCCACUUUCCCUCUCUCUGGGGAUGGAACCGCCUACUUCGGAAGUUGCUCUAUGUCACGCAAGGGCUCAACGUGUUGCUCGAGAACCUGAUGAAGCGGCCGACGGAGGCCCGCGACCUACAUCCUCCUCGCCAUCGAUUACCCGAUCCGGAAGAAGAACGAGCACCUGCGCCCCGAACUCCGACCAGGACCACCAGCGAAGCCUCAUGGGAGAGAAUGAGCUUGAAUUCAGAGCUCCUUCAAGCCAGUCCCGGGUCCUCCCAGGGAGAUGUGACUCAGCUGCUCGAGGAGAUGAAGGAGAUCGUUGGACCGCCGCCCAAAUGCGGUCACGGACGCCUAUGCCGACUAUUCCUGAGUCACACGGCGAAGAACAACCGCCGAGCCUUCACCACAACCUAUGAGGAGGGGAGCCCCAUCGUCGUCCACCACACCGCAGGGAUGAUCAAGGUCGAGGAGAGUCAGCUGAGCGGUAGGAAGUUGAAGCGCUUGCUGCGACAGGGACAGGGUGCCCUAGCAGAAGCCCACCAAAUGUGGCAGAACCUUAUGACUUGCCUACAGGAGCCAGAGGGACCUAAUCCCUUUGACCAGUACCCUACAGCUCUGGUAGACCACAUCCUUAAGGCAUAUAAGGCUUCCAUCUCCUACACCGAGGAGCUCUAUGUCUCCCACACCGACGACCUCUUCAAGGAGAGCUACCAAGUGGACCGACUCAUGGAGAUCAUGGAGCGGAUGGACUACCGGAAGAAGACCCUCAUGCUGAACGACCUCUACCUCUUGAACGACCAGUUCAUGGACUUCUUGACCGACAUUGUCAACACCCAGAAGGAGAUCCAGAACCACAAGAUUAGAAACUAUAUCAUCCUCGACGAGAAGCCCCCGGCCAUCGAGAAUGCACCUUUACCAGAACAAGAAGAAGAUCGUGAUCGACCUGACGGAGAGGAACCACCACCACCAAAGAAACCUCGAUACCGAAUUGAAGGAAAAACAGCAGAGACCGAGGUCGAGUUCAAACCGGAAGAAAGGGAAACAGCCUUGGAGGGAGACCUCGACCAUCCGGAACCUAUGUCUAUGUCGCCCAGGAUGGAUGACUACACACCUACCGAACCAGGUGACCAAGAUCCCCACGAAGAGCGUGAGAGAAGGAUGAUUGAAGAUGAGGACAACCACAAGCCCCCGGAGAGACCCACGUCACCACGGUCUACUCCAGUGAUCCGCGAGAGAGUGGAGGACCCUGAACCACCAGUCAAACGAAUCAGGACAGAAGCUCUGGAACUAAUGUAUCAAGAACUCGUCCGGCUUCGACCACAAAAGGGCAAGGAGAUUGUACUCAACAAGCUCCCCGCCAAGAAGAAAGAGAAAUUUCUCAAGGCCAUCCUCAAGGAGGUGACCAACAACCUGAGCUCAGGUACCACCACCCUCUUCAAGUCCAAGGACAAGAAGGUCACGAACCAACCCCUGUCUGAACGAUUCCUCCAACUGGCUAAGAAACACAGUCAAGGAGGAUACCUCCUUUUCUACUACCACCAGGAUCUAGAAACCUCUGACCACAAGCAGGACAUCACGAUUGCUGGUUGGAAGAGCUAUAAGCUCAAACGCUGCACAGUGAACACCCUGUCGGCAGAGUGCCAAUCGAUGCUUCAGGGCAUCGGCAACCUCCACUGGCAUCGCUUCUUGCUGGCCGAGCUGUUCGAUGUCAAUCUUCAGAUUGAUAAAUGGGAGUCACAGCUGGCCAGCUUUCCUUUUAUUGCAGCCACAGACUCAAAGUCCCUCUACGACACGAUGACCAAGUGUCGCAACACCUCAGCCCACAUAGAUGACAAGCGCACUGGCAUCGACCUGACCAUCCUCAAGAGUGACUUGGCACAUUCAUCGGGUCAGGUGAGGUUCUUAGAAUUGAUGAGACAGCAGAAGUGGCAGAAGGGUGGCUACUGGGUCAUCACCUUCAAGAUGAACAGUGAUUUAUGGAUCAAGAUACUCCGCAGCAGGAAUGUUGCUAUGCGAAAAGAACAAAGGGCUCUUGCAGCAUCCAGUGGGCUCACAGACCACUCUGCUGCAGAGUGUGGAAUGAACGCACUUGUUGAAUUUGGGCCUAUGCAAAUGCUGGUUGAAGUUGGGCAGGAAUUGCACCAGGAUUUGGCUAGGGCCUAUGUCAAAUGCUGCCAGGAACAAAUUGGUCCAGAAGACCCUUUGGUGGAACAUCAGCUGGAUUCUGCUAUGUCUUCGAUGAGCGCUCGUGUGCUGGAGGAUAAAGUGAAAGAAACCGGUGUGCGACUACGGGUGAUCUCAAUUGCAUCAGCAAUGUUGGAGUAUUGUGCCUAUCUUUGGGCAACAUUCUUGUUUGCGCUGCAAAGAAUGUGGUCUUCUUCAGAGAGCAUUGUACAGCCCAUUGCCUUCAUUGUUCGCCUGCGGUAUGAUGAGACACCAACAAGAGUGAGAGUCCAAGACUCCACGGAUGAAAUCGUGAAUCUGGAGUCAGCAUCUCUGCAGCAACUAGCAGAGGCCAUGCCAUCAGAGGCAGCAUCCCUGCAUGCCAAAAUAAUGCAGGUGGAGAUGUCACUGAGCAUGCUGCUGUACAAUUCGAGGGCUAAACAGUUCAACGCAGUCCAGGGCAUCAUGCCAACAACACUCUUCGCAGUGCAAUCAACGACCGGUCAGAACACAUUGAAGUGUUUGGAGCAAGUUUUGAGAAGCAUACCUGGUCUCAAAGAUGUUGCUGAUGACCCUAAUUGGACUUUCUCCCUGAGGCAUACCUGCACGGACAAGUAUGCUGCGAACAUCUCAGCUGAACGAGGGCUCAGUGAGAUUUGGUCAAAACAGCCGCUUGUCCACUUGUUCUGUGACAUACACAAACUUUACAAUGCGACCAAAUCCAGCAUGUCUGUGGCAGACGCAGAUGCAUCCGGGCUUUUAGCCCUGACCCUCGGAUGGUCUGAGAGUGGGUCAGUAGCCACGUUCAGACAAGCUUUGUGCAAAAUAUUCUCAAGGAAGCUUGUGGUUUACUACUCUGGUGAGGCACCCAUAGAUGUUCCGCGCUCAAAAGCAGCGAAGUACAAGGAAGACCUAUUCAACCUUUUUCUGCCUUUGACUGGAGUAAGCCCUGCCCGUGCAAAGCAGCAUGAAGUUCGGCGUUUUGUCAUCCAACGACUAAUGAACGGUCACCUGUACAGAACAGAUGAGGUGCAGCACUACUGCAAGUACAACUGCUGCGAGAAUGCAGAAGCAACCCUGCGAACCUUUGCUGUUUGGUGUUGUUGGGCAUUGGUGCCCUGUCAGGCUCCAGUUUUUCCACGGUCUCGCUGGACUCGAUGGGAUGCAGCCAUUGAUUGGGCUGGCUUGAUAGAAGGCUGCCAUGGCUUGCUAUCACAGUUGAUUGCAGAAGUGACUGGAGCUCCAACCUCAGAGAACAUUGAAACAAGUGCUUUCACUGAGCCUGAGCCGCAGAAGAUGGUGGAAGAUGGUGAGAUGAAUCGGGAUGAGUGGGAUGCACUGUUUGCUGUGUCUUUUGACCAACAACUUUCUGCACCUGUACCUGCGCCCGCGCCCAGGGCAAGUGAAAGCGGGCCCGUUCAGCAAGAGGAGCCUGUUGGGGACGAGCCUGAGGAUUGGGCAAAGAAGAAGCAACAAUCAAAGAAGAAGGCUGCACUGUGGCUUCAGUCACGACCAUUUCAUCGGUUGGCCAUUAUCAAGCCUGUGGCUGCAUUGCUUCUUUCACUCAUGUACAAGUUCUUACAACUUGGAGGGCCAUCCUUUGAAAAGAAACAACAAGUGAAGGUGGCAAGUGGGAAGCAACAGGAAAAGAGUUUUCCUGUGCUGGAGGCAUUACGUGGGAAGGAUGUUGAAAAGACAUUGAAUGGCAUGCUUGGCCUUCUUUACGCUCAACCUGAAGGAAUAGUUCCUGAGGCUUACACUGCAAAAUUAAAGUCACAGAAGUUUCGAAUGGUCAGUGCUGGCAUGACAUCAAUCCACAUUCUGCUGCGACUUCCAAGAAGCACCUGCCCCUUCUUAGUUUUCGCUGCUUUGGAGGAUGGUGGUGCCAAGCGCUUGCUUGAUGUCCCUUCUUGCAUGCAUGACGCCCUGGCUGACAAACUCCUGAAGAAGUAUGUCCAGUGCGAGAUCGAGAAGUUUCUCCAAGACUACACUGACCAAGUGAAGAGUGAAGGUUCAACUGAGGCUAUGUCCAAUCUGAGCGCUUUGCUAGCUGAGGUCAGGCAGGACGCAGUGCUUGCGAAAAGCUAUGUGACCGAAGUCUUCAUGCUGAAAGGCUUAAAACAGCUUGCAGGGGCAAAGGAUUCGGGUGAUGAAGCCGCGGUUGCCAAGGCAUUGGGAACCCUGAAGCAGGAACAGUCAUUCAUUUCCAGCAACGGGCUUGGCGUGUCUACUUUAGACAUUGCUCCAUGCCUGAUGCAGUUGACGCAAAAGGCUUUGCAAUAA